CUAAAACUUCAAUUAUCUGAAUUUUGAUUUCUAUAAAUGCAAACAAUCCAAAUCAAAUUUUGCUUCAAGAUCUAAAAAUUAAAAACACAUUCAUCAAUCCGUUCAGAAUCUAAUACAUACUGUCAUUUGAAAGAGUACCUUAAAUCUAUCAACUUAAAGUGGACAUUUUUUUAGCGAGGCCAUUUGUUCGGAUGUUCCUAUUGAAACACAAUCUUUGUCAACGAAAUCACAUUAUUAUAAUGAAGUAUCGUCAGUUCGAGAGACGUUUGAAUAUUUAAUAUUUAUUAUGUAGCUCCGCAGUCGCGCCCGAUUUACGCGCGACAAUGACGUGAGUGAACUUGCCUCUACGCGUAUUUUCGUGCGGGCGUUCGUCUAGAUCUUAAGCACGCACUAAAACAAUAAUAAUACAAUAAAAUAUGUGUACGUGCCGACAUAUAAGACAUAUAAUAAUAUUAUAAUCACUAGAUCACAGAUCACCGACAAUGCAGUACAUCUAGAAGAAGAUGAUGGAGUAAAAAAUAAUGGUGGAAAAACGAUCGAUGGUCAAAAAAACUCUCAAAUAUUAAAACAGACUUUUAUACAGUUCGAUGAGUACGUAAUGAGCUGUGCGUUUCAAUAAAGUACUCGGUGAUGAAGUGCGUGGUACGGAAUUGUAUAGCAAAGUGUUUGUCAACACAAUGGUGGAUACCAAUCGAGAUAACAAAAACACCAUGACAAGCAAGGGCAUACUGAAACGGCGCAUUUUUAUUCGGAAUGAUAUGCCGACCCAGGCCACAUCUACCAAACUACUUCAAGACAGCGGCGGGUGCUGUAUGGCGAACGCGUGCAAACGAUACGUAACGUUUGACGAAACGAUCACGAUUAAGAACGACAAUGAUCUAGUGAUUAGGAAGCCACUGAAGUUGGAACUUUUCAUCGACAACUGGAAGUCGGACAGUACGGAAACGCAUACCAAAACGAUUCAAUCCGAUCCCGGAAUUGUCAAACGUCUUGUCGGCGAGUUCAACACUAUUGAAGAACCGUUAACCGAUAGUUCCAAAAUCGAAUCUACAUCGAUUAAGGAAGAUACAUUUAAGGAAGACGAGCCAGUGAAAAGCUGUACAAAUAUCCCGCUCUGCGAAGCCUUGAAAACUGUCAAUUUAACCACAGACGACCAGUAAACGGAAAAUGCUAUUUUCUAUCAAACGCAUAUUUUUGAAUUUUUAGCAUGGACAAAAUAAACGUCUAAAAAGUGCAUUUAUUAACGUAUUUAAUCUUUAUAUAAUGUAAUGAGUUGAACAGGAAUAUAAUAACGUCUCGUUAUACAUAGGUUUCUUGCUUCGAUCGGUAUCUGUAAACAUUAUUAUAUAGUUACUAAAUUUAAUAUUUUAUUCAGUUAUCACUUUUGUUAUAGGUGUAUUAUUUAUGCAUGAAUAUUUUUUUUUUGUUUUUUUAGAAAGCAUCGUUACCAAAGUUAAUUAACGGUAAAUCGUGGUUACAUGGUCGAUCCCAAAGAUCUGGCAGAGUAAACGAUCUUAUUAAUAUGUUCAAUUUGAAAUCGACCAACGACAAAACGAAAGAGUUUGA